CAACCUUUGUGUUGUCCUUCAACGCAACAAUGUUUAACAUGAAUGAAUUCAACGAAAUUCUGGACAAAUGCUGUGAUAAAUCGUCCCAGAAAGAACAGGAUGAGAAACUACUGCAACCGUUGAAUUAUAUCGAGCAAAUUCCCGGCAAGCAGGUUCGAAUGAAACUUGCCCAAGCCAUUAACCAUUGGCUGUCGAUACCCAUGGAUAAGCUGUCGGCGAUAAGUGAGAUUGUCCAAAUGCUGCACAAUUCUAGUCUGCUCAUCGACGAUAUCGAAGACAAUUCUAUCCUCCGCAGAGGUAUUCCGGUGGCGCACAAAAUCUACGGCGUAGCGAGCACCAUCAACGCGGCCAACUAUGUUCUAUUUUUGGCGCUGGAAAAGGUGCAACAGCUCGGCCAUCCGGAAGCGACGCAGGUUUACACCGAGCAGCUGCUGGAGCUGCACCGUGGCCAGGGUAUGGAAAUCUAUUGGCGGGACAACUUUACCUGCCCUACCGAGUCGGAGUACAAGCAGAUGACAAUCCGCAAAACGGGUGGACUGUUUAUGCUUGCCAUCCGGCUGAUGCAACUGUUCAGUGCCAAUCGGAAAGAUUUCACCAAACUGGCCGCCAUUUUGGGUCUGUACUUUCAAAUACGGGACGAUUACAGUAAUCUGUGCAUGAAGGAGUAUUCGGAAAACAAGAGCUACUGUGAGGAUCUGACCGAGGGCAAAUUUAGCUUCCUCAUCAUACACGCGAUCCAGACACAGAAGUACGACAAGCAAGUUUUACAUAUUUUACGCCAGCGAACCCGCGACGUAGAAGUGAAACGGUACUGUAUUUCGUUGCUGGAAAAGUUGGGUAGUUUUCAGUACACACGUGACGUGCUUGAGGCACUCGACAAAGAGGCUCGCAAGGAGGUGGAAAGUCUUGGACCGAAUCCAAUUAUGGAGGCACUGUUGAACGAUUUGCUUAGCUGGAAGCAUGUGUCCGAAACAGCGGAGCAACCCUAAGCAUCGU